AUGGGGCGGAAGAGAGGUAAGCGCGUUUGGAGAGUGGGAAAUGAUUCAACUGUUGAUACAGCUAACGAUACUGUGCGAAAUGAUUCAUCUGUUGAUGCAGUUAAUAAUGCUGGAAAUGCUGAUAACAAUGCUGUGCGAAAUGAUUCAUCUGUUGAUGCAGUUAAUAAUGCUGGAAAUGUUGAUAGUCAAAGAAUUCAGAAGAAGGAUGCUGAUGUAAGCAAUCGUGACUCGAAAAACUUGGAUUUGUCACAGGCUGAUAACAAUGCUGUGCGAAAUGAUUCAUCUGUUGAUGCAGUUAAUAAUGCUGGAAAUGUUAAUAGUCAAAGAAUUCAGAAGAAGGAUGCUGAUGUAAGCAAUCGUGACUCGAAAAACUUGGAUUUGUCACAGGCUGAUAACGAUGCUACCUUGAAUAGAAAACUUCCUAGUGCUGCUAAUGUUAUUGUAUCAGCAGAUACAAAUCAGGAAAAACGCGUUACUAAGGACCUGAACAGAAAUAAGAGUGUGGUUAUGCAAGGAUCUCCUACCAGUGGAGCUUCUUUGAAUGCCGCACCAGUCACAAAUCAGGAAAAACGUAUUUCGAAGGACCUGAGUAGAAAUAAGAGUGUGGUUGUGCAAGGAUCUCCUACAAGUCGAGCUUCUUUGAAUGCCGCACCAGACACAAAUCAGGAAAAACGUGUUCCAAAGGACCUAAGUAGAAAUAAGAGUGUGGUUGCACAAGGAUCUCCUACCAGUGGAGCUUCUUUGAAUGCCGGUGCUUCAAGGUUGUUGAUUCCUCAAGAUAAAGCCCGAACAAUUUGUGGUCGUGAAAAUGACGUUUGUUAG